AUGACGUUCCUCAUAUUGGUGAUUGGGGAUCUGCACAUCCCAGACAGGGCGCUUGAUAUCCCAGCCAAGUUCAAGAAGCUGCUUGCGCCCGGCAAGAUUGGUCAGACGCUAUGUCUCGGUAACCUCACAGACAAACACACAUACGAGUACCUGCGGUCCGUGUCGCCGGAUCUCAAGAUCGUCAAGGGCCGCACCGAUGUCGAGGCCACGUCUCUGCCGCUCACGCAAGUCGUCACCCAUGGCGGCAUACGAAUUGGCUUCCUCGAGGGCUUCACUCUUGUUUCCAGCGAGCCCGACCUGCUGCUGGCCGAAGCCAAUCGGCUGGACGUCGACGUCUUGUGCUGGGGCGGCACUCACCGGUUCGACGCCUUUGAGUACAUGGACAAGUUCUUUGUGAACCCGGGAAGUGCGACGGGAGCAUUUGUGACGGGGGCAAGCUUAGAUGCGGAGCCUGCGUCUCCAAGUUUCUGCUUGAUGGAUGUUCAGGGCAUUUCGCUCACUCUCUAUGUAUACCAACUGAAGACGGAUGAGAAAGGAAACGAGAAUGUGGCUGUAGAGAAGGUUACUUAUACAAAGCCGGUGGAGCCAACUACCGGUUCAUCAUGA